AUGAGCCUAAAUUGUUUAUCAUGUCAAGCUCUUCCACGUACAGAUUCCAACAAAGAGUUUGAUCUCUCCGGUCCUGGACCACCAACGGUCGAGAUUAACAAAGUUCUAGGUAAAACACAUUUUGCAGAACCUGUUGGUGGGAGAAAUUGGUCAGGAAAUUUGAGCCCUAGGAUAUAUGAGAAGAUUGGACGGCCAGGAUCGUCUUUAGCACAGAAAAUGAAGAAGGUGAAAAAGAUUCAUCACAUUAGGCUAAGUGGUCCGGUUGGUUCUAGCCCUAGCAAUGGACCGAUCCGACCCGAACAACCAAGGCUUGCGAGGAGCAGCGGAAUGAGAAGGAAUUGGAGUUUUGAGAAUUUGAGAGAUCAAGGAUUGUUAGAAGAGAAGAGGAAUUGUAACAUAUGA